UGGCAUAGAGUAGGAUAUUAUAAUCUGGGAGGUGCAUCAGAAUAUUAACUUAGUAUUUCUUUGCUUGGUAACUUGUUGUAAGAUUUUUUAUUGGAACUGAGUUUUUUUUGUGACAAUGGAUAUUAACACUAUCACCGAAAGUUCUUUCGACGAAACAAGCACAUUGCAACAAAAAGUGCCUAAAAAAUCUCGUGUGAAUGCAACACCUAAUAAUGCUACUAAGACAAUAUCGCAAGAGCAAAAAGAAGCUUUGGUUGCUGUAAAAAGGGAUCCUGCGGUUUUAGAAGCCAAGUUGAUGAUUAAGAACCAAGAUGUCUCGAAUCCCCAAAAGGCUUUAAAGUCUAAAAACAAACCAAAAGGAUCCCAAACAGGGAACACUCCAGAGCCAAAGCAUCGCUUGGACUUUGAGAGCAUGAUGUGCGUUGAGCGCGCUGCGCUGCUGUCGCUGCCAUCGGACCAGUUCAGCCUCAUCCUGAAAUAUGUGCAAACUCUGCGCCAGCAACGAUUUAUGAUGCAAAAACAAAUCGAGUGCGGGUUUUGUAAGAAGAACAGGCAUGCAGAGAUGUGGUACAACACACAUGCACUGAAGGACGCGCAUGGUCGCGUGCAGUGCCCCGUCCUGCGAUCGUACGUCUGCCCGCGGUGUGGGGCAACGGGCGACCGCGCACACACCAUCUCCUAUUGCCCCAAAAUCAAGAGGCGCUAACUCAGUAAGAGAAGUGUCAGAGUUCUUAUUACCUGACAGGUACCAUGUAUACACGUACUUAAAAUAAAGCUACACAGUGUGUUUAAAUAAAGGGUUUAUGAAAAAUA